AUGGAUAACAGCAGAUGGAGUCUUCAAGGUAUUACUGCUCUUGUGACCGGUGGAGCCAGAGGAAUCGGGUUUGCCAUUGUAGAGGAGUUGGCUGCUUUUGGACAUGUAUGCGAUAUAUCUGAAACACUUCUCAAUCAAAGUUUAAACGAAUGGCAAAAGAAAGGGUUUCAAGUGAGUGGUUCAGCCUGUGAUGUAUCCUCUCGUCCCGAGAGAGAAACACUUAUGCAAACUGUCUCAUCGCUGUUUGAUGGAAAGCUCAACGUUCUAGUAAACAAUGUAGGCGGAGUCCGCUCAAAGUCAACACUAGAAUACACAGCUGAGGAUUUCUCGUUUCAUAUAACAACAAACUUGGAGUCUGCUUAUCAUCUUAGCCAGCUUUCACAUCCUCUCCUAAAAGCUUCAGGAUCCGGAAGCAUUGUCUUCAUUUCUUCUAUUGCAGGGGUUGUACCAGCAGCAAAUUAUGUAUCCAUCUAUAGUGCAACCAAAGAUUUGCUUGAUAAUCAACUAGAGUCUGUUUUCCAGUGA